ACAUGCUGCGGGAAGCGAAUGUUUGCUUAGAGCCAAAGUUUUUGGAAUUUGGAUGUAACAAAGUCUCUCAACAGGUGACUGAAUAAAGAACAUGGCGACUUUAUUACAUUUUUUCUUUUAGACGAGUUUUGUUUUAAGACCGACGCGCUGUGUAGCUUAGACAUAAAUAAUUAUUAGUAUUUUUUACGAGAGAACAAGCACUGGCCAGACAGAUAAAUUCGCCGUUGUCCCUAAUAUUAUCUCCUUAACGCCUUAAGUGUUGUCUUUUCUCGAUGUUAAAGUGUUUUCAUUUAUGUUUCGUCCUCCUAUCGUCUUUCACUUAUGGGGUCGGCAUAUUGAGUUUCGGCAGGAGCUUCUUUUUAGGGACUAGCCUACGCUUUUCUUUAACCAGACAGCCGCAUCUUUUGACAGCUGUUUUUGAGUAAAGAGUAGAAACAUUCAUCUGUGGUUCAUCUAAAUAGUGUUUAAUAUGCGCUACAUCUCAGAACACAAUGUUUAACUCGUUUAAGACAGAAGUCGACAGAAAGUGCGUGGACCACUCUCAAACUCACAGACAGGUUGUUGAGGACCCUUGUGAAGGAAAUGUAAUCCAAAUCUAAACAGCAUUACACAGAAGGGAGAUGAAUGGCAUACAUAAAGGAGCAGCUGAACUGUGCAGAGAGGCCGACAAAAUAUUGCUCUCUGGGGAUGCUAGUAGAGCUGCAGCUCUGUACACACAUGCUUUCGGAAAUAAUGCUGGUUCCACUGUAGGACACAUGCGUGGCCUUAACGCAGGUCAUUUAGAGGAGGUGAUCUCAACGCUGGAGGCCUGGCUUGAUGGUGUUUCACACAAUUCUAUUGAGGGUCUGAGUAAAGGCCUUGUUGCUGUAUUUCUGUCUACAUUAUGCCCCAAUAACAUAUCUGCUUCUCUUUAUAAAAUGGAGUAUGUCCUGCAGGGUACAGGUAAUGCUUCAAAAGAGAUCUUUGCGCGGUGUUCUGCUCUUCUAGAGGGAAAACAAAUGCCUAAACCUGAGGGUCGCACACGGUUGAUUCUGGAGCUAACUAGAGCUCUGGCCUGCUUGCUCUCUGACACACAAAAUCCCAAAGUUCCUCAGCUUUAUCUGCAGGCCUUUCAUGGAAAUAAAUCAGAAACUAUUAGACUAGUUAAAGAAAGGCAACCUCAAUAUGUAAAGCUAUUAAUUAAAGCCUUUUACCAGCAAAUGUCUCCAGGAUAUUCCAUUCUCCAUACUAAGGGGCAGAUGGAAAAAACAUUGAGUCCUACACAAGCAGGUGAAGACUUUGAUGCUCCUAAAGCUGUUGAGUUUUUACUUGCCAUUUCACCAGAUGACAUCCAAGUAAGAGAGCUUCAAGCAGCAGUCUUGUUUUCUUUCGGAAAGUUCACAGAAAGUGCAGAAGCUUUGUCAUUGGCUCUUAAACUAGGUGAAUCACAGACUGAACAUGCAAUGGCACCAGAGAAAAGAGCUUGUUUACUCGUGGGCAGAGCAGCUGCUCAUUUUUCCGCAGGAGGACGAGCAAGAGAAGUCUGCAAAGAUCUAGGUGAUGGCUUUGCACUUCAUCCAGCCACAGCAAGACAGCAAUUCCAGAGCAUUUUCUCUGACAGUGGCGUAGGGUUGGCUGCUCGCAUCCAGCUGCGUCAACAGGCCGAGAAGGGCGUCUCAGAGUUCAGAGAGGCCGUUCUAAUGAGGCCUGACCUAAGGUCUUCGAAAGGAGUGGAGUUGUUGGAUCCCGUUAUCGCUCAACUGCGAGCUCUAUGCCACCUGGAGUCGGACGGAGGAGGCAGGGAACUGCGUGUGCGUCUGGCAGACUGCCUCCUCCUGCGUGGAGAACAUAGAGAAGCCCUUUCCAUAAGUAGCCAGCUCACCGCUGCAGCUCCAGCCCAGCAGAGCUACCAGAACACCGUGCAAGUGCUCCGAGGGUAUUCCCGACUCUUCACUGAAGACCACAAAGGCGCUCUGGAGGAUUUCCAAGCGGUGAUUGAGCAUAGUACUCCUCACCCACCCAGCUGUGUCCGUGCACUCUGUGGUAGGGGUAUCCUGCGUAUGAUGGCUGGCUCACACUACCUUACUGCUCUAGAUUACAUUACAGCAAGCCAAUUACAGCUGCAGGAUGCUUCUGUAACUGUUAGGUGCCUGGUGCCUUGGAAUUACCGUGGGUUGCUGUGCACCGUGUUGCUGGAACAGGGAAGAGUCAUGCUUGAGGGGACCGAAGAGCAAAGAGCUGAGACAAAUCCUAGAGCUCAAAAAGAGCAUGAGGAGGGUCACACCAACAACAAACAGAGGUCUGCUGUUGGUGUGCACGCUCUCGCUCUUCUCCUAAUGGAGUUACAACCCGGUGCCGAUGGACCCCAGAUUCUCACAGCAGAUGCUCUGUACCAGUUGGGUCGUGUUGAGGAGGCUUAUCGUCUUCUUCUGAACAUUGGGCACACAGCCCCACGGCCACCGAUUCUCGCACGCCUUGCAAUACUGCAGCUGCAUCGAGGCUUCCUCUAUGAUGCCUAUCAGCUACUGAAGAAGCUGAUUAAUUCAGGAGACACUAGCUGUCUGCGGCCCCUUUUAUCUGUAACAUCUUUACAAGACCGAGACCUUCUAGAAAAACACUGUCACACUGCUUCCAAGCGUAUACUGUGUGGUCAACAAGCAGAAAGUGCAAUAAGGGAAGCUGUGGCCUAUUUGUCCAUUGCCAUUAUGGCUUCAGGUGGUGGAGCAAUAGAUUCCCUGCUGGAGAGAGCAAGAUGUUAUGCUUUACUGGGCCAAUGGAAGACGGCUAUCUUUGACUUCACUGCAAUCCUUAAAGAGCACCCAGACCAUGUGCAGGCUUUGUGUGGAAGAGGAUUCACUUAUCUUAUGCUGAACCAGCAGAAGGAAUGCACACUGGACAUACUGGUUGCCCUUCAGUGUGGAGCUGAGGAGGUCACUCAGAGCAUGCUGUCGCUUAAAGACAAAGCACGAAAACUCGUCAGUGAAUGGUUGGGUCAGCACUGUCGCAGCAGCCUGUCAGAGACACUGUCGGCCAACCCUGUACCCUGCUGCGAGGAGCUCCUUCGAGAGGCCUUUUUGAUUGGUGGAGUGCUCAUGAACACUGACUGCAGGGAACCCAGGUGGCACCUCCUAUACAUAGAUACACUACUUGCCAAAGGGGAGGUGAAUGUUGCAGGUGCACACUUGAAGCAGGUGUUUGGUCAAGAGCCUCGAGAUGCCGCAGCUAAGGCCAGGUGGGGUGUUGUGAAGGUCUGGCAGCAGAGCUACAAAGUGGCAGCCAACUAUCUGAGUGUGGUGUCUGAGAAAGAACCAGCGACUCUAGACUUUCUAAUCACUCUUCUGCAGUCGGCUCAGAGAAAACGCCUGGCACAGGCAGCUUCUCAGCAGGCCAGUAGCGUUUCUGGAAGUGGUCAGUGGGAGCAGGCUUUAGCACUCCUUACACUAGCAGUGCGAGCGGUCAGUGAGAUGAAGCUUCAGUACCUCAGGCAGCGUGCAGCCUGUCUGGCCCACCUGGGGCUCCACGAGAGGGCGGUGUCUGAUCUGAAUAAGGUCAUCCAGGGCCAUGGUGCAGAUGGCAGAGAGGAGAAAAGGGUUUGGGCAGAGGACCAUUGCCGCAGAGGCCGUAGUUUGUUGUUGUGUUCCCAUGAGGAGUCUGGGUUACAGGACUUUUCUCGAGCCCUGGACCUGCACGAGGAACAGGCUCUGCUGUGUGUGGAGGCUGGUCUGGGAACACAACACCUUGCCGAAAUGUUUCUGCGCUUUGCCCUGCAGAACUAUGGGCAACAGAAACUCGACAUAGCUUGGCUUCUGACAGAGACUGGGCUUAAAGUGGACAGUGGCCAUGUAGAACUGUGCAGACUGAGGGCUAGAAUAAAACGAGAAGUCUCUGGUCCAUGUAUUGUACACUAGAAAUUAAACAUACAUAAGAUUAGAUGAUGACAAAAAAGUUCAUGUCUUUAUGGUUUAUAUGUAUUUAUGGUUAAUCGGGCAAACAUAAUGGCAAGAAUUUCUAAUCAUAAAUUUGCAAAUAUUUCCGUAAGUUAUUGUGUUGCACAAGCCUCUUACAAUUGAUCUUUAUGUAAUAGUAAUUGUUGAUACCUUUUUUGUUUUGUUAUCUACUGUAUAAGUUUUGUCAAAUUUAACAUUUGACGUAGUCUUGUUUGACAUGUACACUACUGUUCAAAUGGGGUCAGUAAGUUUGUUUUGUUUUGUUUUAUCAAUGUUUUCAACGCUGAUAUUAAGAAGACAUUUUUCUUUAGCACCAAAACAGCAUAUUAUAGUGAUUUCUGAAAGGGUCAUGUGAUACUUAAGACUGGAGUUAUGACUGCUGAAAAUUCAGCUUUGCCAUCACAGGAAUAAAUUACAUUUUAAAAUAAAUUAAAAUAGAAAAUGGCUAUAUAAUAUAA